AUGCACAACAACAUCAACCUGCCCUAUUACGAUCACUCUCUAGGAGGGGAAUAUAAUGAUUCGGAUGAUAUGGAAACAAUGUAUGGGAUUAAGAAAAAUCAUGGAGUACAACAGUCAAAUUUUGGUUACUAUGAUGAUGGUAGUUGUAAACAUUGUGGAGCAUCAUCAGAAUAUAUUGAAUCCGAUGAAUUUAAUUAUGAAGUUUGUAGUAAAUGUGGAACACAAGUAACAUCUUCAUCACAACCAAUAUCAAUAUUUAGAGAAGAAAUAGAAUUUGAUAAGGAUAAUUCGAAAAAGAUUGGACGACAUGUUUCUAAUGAUGAAGGCUUUUUUGGAGCCUAUUUGAUGGCAACAUCAUCCGAUCCAAGUGCAAUCAUUCAUGGUCAAAAUUCUAAAGCUCAAGCCAGAUUACAAAGACAAUUGGGUGCCAAAAAGAAGGCUGAAAUUAGAACUGCAAAAUUAUUGAGUGCUUUGAAAUUACCAAAUCGUUACCUUCCAGAAGUAAUGAAUUUUGUUUGUAAAAUGGCAGAAAAACCAAAUAAUGUAACAACAAAAAAAUCAGAAAAGAAAGUUCACAGUAAUAAGAUUGGAUCACCAGACUCACAAAGUGGUGGUAGUGCUGGAUGUAUCUAUAAUUUAGGUACUCAAGAAGUGAUAGAUUUUGAUGAAUUUGCAUCAGAUGAGGAAAAUUUUGAUGAAAUACCAACUAAAGCCAAAUUAGAAUCAUCUAGUGAUGGGUUUAGUCCAGAAAGAGAUUUUGAUCCUUUACCUAGUAGUACUGAUGAAACUAAAUUUGAGGAUGACCCAAGAGAACAUAGCUUAAAUUUAAUGAAACAAAGAUUUCAAUCCACUUUACUUUCAACAAAGCAACAAGAAAAGACAACGAAAAAGGAGGAAGAAUCAGAAUCAAGCGAUAUUAUCAAAUUCAAAUACACAAAAGAAAAGUGGAUGGAUGGUGUGAUAGCUGGAGCUCUCUAUGUAGUGUGUAGACGCGAAAAACUACCAAUAACACUUUUGGAUCUUUCAGAAGUAACAGGAUACAGUAUUUUUGAGCUGGGAAGAAAAUACAAGGAAAUUUGUAAAACUUUUAAUAUUCAAGUGGAUCCAUUGGAUUUGGAAACUUUAUGUGAUAGAAUGACUAAUGAAUUUUCUGAUUGUUUCACAGAUGAAAAUGGGCAAGUUAAUAUCAAGACUAAAACAGAUAUCAAUUUGAGGAUGAGAAGAAUUAUUAGAGUUGCUAUGAAAGAAUGUUUAGAUUCAGGGAGAAGACCUAUUGCUCUGGUUGCAGCUGCUCUUUUACUUGCAUUACAAUCAUGCUCGAUUGAUAUGAAAUUAUCAGAAGUUGCGAGAUCUACACAUGUAGGAGAGGCUACAAUAAGAGAAAGAUUUAACGAGCUCAAGCAGCUUUUAAUGAACCUUUCGAAACAACUCCCUUGGGCUCAUGAAAUCACACUCAAAACACUUCCAAGACAUUUACCAUUUAUUCUCGAUGUAGUUGAACAACUCAGAGAUUUACAGAGAACCAGAAUUGAUGAUGAAUCUUCGGCGAGCUCAAGCUCGGAUUCUCCAUCGAAUAAUAAUACGUUCAAUCAGUCGUUUGUAUCUGAAACAAAAACUGAGGAAUCUGCUUUGCCAGAACAUAUAGUGAAGGGUAAUAUUCAGAGAAUUUUGGGAUUGACAAAGGGUAAAUUGGCUAAGGAGAUAUCAAUAAUUAAUUCUCAACUCCCAAGUCCAAUGCCACCUGCAUUUAUCAAGGCUCAACUAGAAAAGGAAAGGAAAAAGGCCAUAGUCAUGCUUGCCAAGCAAAGAAUUCAAAAUUCUCUUUCAGGAAUAUCUAAUAGUGAAACUUUACCAACUGCUAUGAUAGAGUCAGAUGUGUUGGAGAUGGAAAAACUUCUAUUGCAAGGUGUCUCAGAGGAGGCCUUAAUUUCUGGACAUACUCACUUGAGCACUUUGCCAUAUUUCCUUGGUAAGGAUGGAGUAGACAAGGGUGAGGAACUAACUGAAAUGGAUGUCUCUCAAAAGGAAUUGAACGAUAUAAUGAGGAGUAAGGAAGAAAUUGCUGCACUGGUAGGAAUUAGAGAAGAACAUGGUGAUGAUAUUGAUGCUGAAAUAUCUAUAAAGGAGGUUACACGGAAAAGAAAGAAGGAGGAAGAUGAUACCAAUUACAUUUCUGCCACCUUACUCAAUCCAAGUUUAAAAAAAAUUAAAAAAUAA